AAGAAGCGAAACGCCAAACAUGGCUACAACAAACGUCAAGCCCUUAGGAGGAGGCCCUCAUACCAAAGAAAUCCAAGUCCCCGAAUGGGAACACAUCACAACAGCCACCUCUCACGAAAAGACCUCCACCGCUCCAUCCACCACCCUCGUGCAACAUCUCCGCACCAAACUCGACUCCAUCCUACCCCCUCACCGAACCUAUCUCCGCCUGAGUCGCAACCGCUUCCUCAUCUUACUCACCUGCGCCCUCCUCGCCCUCUUAGCUCUAAUCAUCGGUCUCGCAGCCGGCCUCCACAGCAAUUCCUCCCGCAACAAAACCCUCCCUCUCCCCUCUAAUACAGACACCCACACCGGCGAACUCACAUACUACACUCCCGGCCUCGGCGCCUGCGGCGAAACGAACCAGCCAGGUGAUCACAUCGUCGCUGUAUCGCAUUUAAUUUUCGAUGCGGCAGGGUCGAGUUCGAGUCAAAAUGGGGGAAAUUCGAAUGCGAAUCCGUUGUGUGGGAGAUUUUUGAGGGCGACGAGGUGGAAUGAAAAAGUUGGAGGCAUGAGGUCGGUGGAUUUGAAGGUGGUGGAUCGUUGUACGGGGUGUCGGGAGGCGGAUUUGGAUGUUACGGAGGAGGUUUUUGGGGAGUUGGCGGAUGUGGCGGAGGGGAGGGUGGAUGUUAGUUGGGCUUGGUUGUGAGAGGGCCCCCUAGGAGGUAGGGGGAUGGAGAGGAUGUGAAGUGAGGUGCUUUCGUGGUCUUGUGGGGGAGGGUGUCUGGUUGGUUGGUUGGUUGGUAGGCAGGACGGGCUGCUAUAUCAUGUACCACUCGCCUCUUUGAAAAUGUUGAUUUGCUAUUGAACUACAUGUAUGCAUCACGCACACUGCUAUUGUGAAGCAUACAUGUAUGUAUCUUCAACCUCCCUCCGGCAAUGGAGGAGAGAGGGCAUGUCGGACAAGUGGGCCAGUCCGCCUCCGGGCUUGGCAGAGACACAACAUAGAAUACCUGACCUUACCUGACCUUUCCAGCCUUCGAACAAACAUCUGUCAAUUCCCUGGGGUGUAUCUGCAAUGCAAGAAGAAGUUUGAUCCGAGAAGCCUGGUAUUGUAUUCUGCUUAUUACGCUCUAGUGAUCAAGUGCUGUUUCAAGAAAAGAACAGCUUCGAAUGGGUAUCUCAACACGCCUCGAUAGAAAGAAUGGUCGCGAAACGCCCAAUAACUGCCGUCCAAACAUAACCUCAUCAACUCAUUAUUAUAGCCCCUCGCCAUCAUAGGAGAUCCCGCCUGCUUCUGUGAUCGCGUCGUCUCUACAGCGCCGCCAGCGGCCUUCCUGCGGCAGCGCGCUCUUUGCGUACAGCCCAGCCUUUGAGCGCGAACAGGACGACUUCCCACGCCAGAAUCAUUCCCGUCAGACCCAGGGUGAGGGUGAAGAUGGUCAUGGCAUCCAAGCCGUUCGAUUCGAUCGCAUGGACGGUAUCGGCCGCGCUGUUCAUGAAGAGCAGUCCUCCGCUGGUCAAGCAGAAAGCUGCGACGAUUUCGCUCGGAGGUCGGGAUGGAAAGUGAGAAGUGGGUGGCUUGAGGUACAUGGUGAUGUACGUGACUCCACGCGCCACACUAAAGGCGGAGAAGAGUCCUCCCCAUUGCGCGUGCAUCAUAGUGCUGACCAUGCUGUUCUGGUGGUGGCCGCUCAUCAUCCGGCCGAGCAGCAUGAUUGUCAACGCUGGCAAUGGGUUCAGAGGUGUCCGAUAUGAUUCUGGCUCUUUCCAGCAGUCAUCUUCCUGCUCAUGGCCAGCAUGUGGUGCAGCAAAGCGAUUCUCCUCUUUUUCCUUCCUCUUCUGGUCCAGGACAGUCGUACUCAUGAGGUCUUGAACCCACUUCGACUCGAUUAGCAUACCAAGCAGACCACCGCCGAAGAACAGAAUGGUGAUACUGAGGUGCUCCAGGUCUGUAGGUGACCAGCCUUUCCCCCAGGCAUUCAUGUGUUCCAUGAAGACAUUGGUGGCACCGUACAGCCAAAUCACGAACGACUCCGUGAACUCGGCCGAUGGCAUCGUCGACUUCCACUUCGACACCAGCGGAGAUUGAGGUCGCACAUUCCAGGCCCAACCAUAUUCGGAGAAUGCUCCCAUCCAACGUCCUAGCGUGAGGAGACCAUACCAGACGAAGAUUCCGCCUUUGAUGUAAUGAGCCAAUCCCGAGAAUAUCUGCCUAUCGCGAAAGAGGCCACCGGAAACGACGAAUCCAGAAGUGAGUGCCACGAAGCCUAACAAAAGAAGGAAUCUCUCGAGCACGAUCUGAGUGGCCCGGACCACGGUCGUUGCCCGCUUUGUCGAAAUCAUUCGAAGACCUUUGCCAAGGAAGCUUUCGAACUUUUUAUUGCCUAGGAAGCCUGUUCGUUCCGCCUCUUCGUCAUCCAGCUUCUCAUCCUCGAAGUCCUGAUUGCUGUUAUCCUCUUCUGGCUUUUGGUGAACGUGGUCGGUGGAGUUUUGGCGAGAUCCGAAUAAAGAUGCCGAGUUGCGCUCUGUGCCCUGUCCGGAAUCCCUGGAGUCGCGAGAGAAGAGUCCGUCAUCAUAUGGAGAUCGUGCAUCGAACUGUGCCAAGCUCUGGAUUGUGAGCUGUUGUUCUCGCUGCGAUGACGACCGGCGCUCGCGUCGGUGUUCUCCAUACGCCACGUAUACCGACAUCAGAGUCCACACGAACGUGAAGCUGACCACGACCCAUCCGAGCGGAUGGUGGGCAUUGUUCACAUACAGAUCUGGUGUGGAAUGGUUAUAGACGAAGCCAGCAAAGAUGCCCAGACCAUUGACAACGUGGAAGACCAUUUGAGCAGGCAAAUGGUAUCGCGAGCGGGCCACGCUUAGGAAGAUGGCUACUGGCAUACACAUGGUCCACGCUAAAGUCAUGGAGACGGUAUGCGCCAAAUGCCAACUCCAGUAAUCAGGAUGCCGAAAAUAACUGAUCGCUUUGUGCUCUGGUAACUCUCCUAGCUCUGCUAUGUGAUCGCCCAUCUGCAUAUCUUCUCCCUCGACGCCAUGAGCAGCCACACAUGGCAGAACUCCUAGUAGGAGCGCCGUGGUUGCGAGAACCACCGCUCUUCUGGAUCGCAUGAGCUCGGCACGCGCGACUAGUGUGGAGAGACGAGAAGAUGAUCCUGGAGCUAGAGGAGCGGCUCUAUGUGCCUGGAAUGGUAGUCUGAGUGAGGUGAAGUUCUUCGCCGUUCUGUUCUCAAUUACAACGCAGAGUAUACUGAUGGAGGUGGGUGCUGAGGAGAAAGACGAGUCGAGUGAAGAUUG